AUGAAGGAGUACUGGGAAAAAGCCGUGGAUUAUGCAGUUUUGGGUCGAUCGUUAUCCUUGUACCAGCUCGAAAGAGCGGAAUACGACUAUCGUACUUUCUACGUCGACGACCAUGGACCCGAGGUCAAAUUCAUGAGAACGGAUAAAGCGCGGCUGUUCAGGGAGAGUAUGAUGGCUUGGGGUCUGAAGGGGAAAAUAUACGAGCGACGCGCUGCUACUGCAGCUGAAGAAACCGAGACCGAGAAGACCACAAGACUGAAAUCGCUCAUACCAGUUUCCGCCAUUCUUCCAUCGCGGUUCAACAUCGAAGCCACAUUCGCGCCCCACGGUUUCAGAAACUCCAUCAUCGCAGACCAAGGAUUAGUGGAUCCAAGGGAAAAAGAUAAUCACAUGUACUGGAGUUACCUCUGGAACAUCUUCUCCGGGACCUACGAAUAUGGAGCCUACCGGCGGUUUGAAGCUCUACCUGUUUUCGCCUCUCAGUCCAACCCAGAUCUAGCCACCGCACUAUUCGGUCCCGGUAAUAUCGAAUCCUCUCCCUCUCUCUUCUCUUCAUUCAACGGCUUACUCCUACCCGAUUACAUGGGAGCACGCUUCGACAGCGGCAUCAUGGCUAUCGUCCCCGACAUCUCCUCCCCCACGUCCCCCUCCGAAAUAGCAUUGUGGAACGAUACCACACCAAGAGAAUACAAACUGAAGAUCUUCACGCAGAACCGAGAGACCGAUCAGGAGGGUGACCUGAUGCAAGAUAUCAAUUCUUUUACAAACGCCCGUAGGCCAGUUGCACUCCGCAAUAUCGACGGGUCGAAAGUAGGAUUUCCUGUUUCCAGUCGGGAGGGUAGACCGAGGGAGUGUUAUCUGUUUUUCCACUAUUGUGCGCAGAUACUGCGGCAGGCUUGGAAAGGUCUCCCUGUAGUAGACGGGGAAAGACCUGGGUCUGAUUGGGGUGCUGUGGGAAAAUAUGUUAGCCGUGAGCAGAUGCGUGCGGUUGUUGAUGAACUUGGGGGUGAGUAUGAGGGUUUGAUGGGGUGUGCGGGGGUUGGCGUUGGCGAUGGUGGAGGAGAUCGGUACACGCUCCUUGAGGCACUGGCUGAGCAGGUUAUUGUCAGUAAUCAGAUGAACGGGAGGAGGGAUGAGUUAUAUGGCGAUGAGGAAGAUGAGAGUAGCGACGAACAUGACUGCGACGACGAUUGGUGUCCCAUGAAGACGCCUUAUUACAACCCAACUGAUAUAGCGAACACGUCGUAUCGUUUAGACGAAUAG